GAUCUGCUUUGGUAAUCUAGAUUGACAAGAGUAAAAGUAAAGGGACAGAAGGACAGAGAUGCAAAAGGAAAGAAGCAGGGAGUCCGAUUUUUCAGUUUUUGCUCUCCCUUCUGGGGCUUCUUUUCUAAACAAAUGUUAUUGGUUGUUAGGUUACCAGCUCUUUCACUGUGGAGAUACAUCAACAACAGGUGCUCUAUGAGAUUCUGAAGCAGCAGCAGCCGCCGUGUAAGGAGAAUGCGCAGAUGGUAGCAACAGGUAUAUACUUUGUACCUGCUUGCAUACAUUAUUUAUGGAAACUGAGAUCUUAAUUCUUUUUAUACGUCAGUAGAGUUCUGAAGCUCAGAAACAUUUGUAUAUAUUAGCAAGUCUUAAUCAAUGCUACCGGAAACCAACCUUUUCAAGGUCCUCUGAAGGCUACUUGAUCUUGGUAUUUAUUUUUAAAUUCUCGGGUAUGCUCUAGCCUCAAAGCUUUUAUUAAAGCUUGGUGAGUAAUCAGUUGCUGCAUUUCUUAGAGCAGAAGGACAAAUAUGCUUCAAUAUUACAUGAGUUUUUUAUUUGUCAAUUUUUGAAGUGAGCAGUCAACUUUCUGUAUAUACAAAAACUACAGAUUUCUGCUUGUGUGCAUAUUUCUUAAAUAUUUUGUGUCUCUUUCUGACUGGAUGAAAUAUUAAAAAGAAAAAUGGCUUUUUUGAUUGUUUUCUUGCCUGAUGCUCACUGUGCCUGUAUCAUCCUGGCUAAAGGACUUUAUACAUUUGGGUAACAGAGACUUGGAAUACCCCUCCACCUGACUUUCCAUGCUGGUGGGACUGUUGUUGGUCUUCUCAGCACUGCAUGUUGCCAUGCUAAAGACACCAAAGGGUAAAAAUGUGUCCUGGGGUUCGGCAGACUCCUACACCAGCCGUCCAUCUGAUUCAGAUGUGUCUCUUGAGGAAGAUAGAGAGGCAGUGCGAAGAGAGGCAGAACGGCAGGCCCAGACACAGCUGGAAAAGGCAAAGACAAAACCUGUUGCAUUUGCAGUCCGGACAAAUGUUAGCUACAGUGCUGCCCAUGAUGAUGAUGUACCAGUCCCAGGCAUGGCUAUCUCAUUUGAAGCAAAAGAUUUCCUUCAUGUUAAAGAAAAAUUUAACAAUGACUGGUGGAUAGGACGUUUGGUAAAAGAAGGAUGUGAAAUAGGAUUCAUACCAAGUCCAGUCAAAUUAGAAAACAUGAGACUGCAGCAUGAACAGAAGGCUAAGCAGGGAAAAUUUUACUCCAGUAAAUCAGGAGGAAAUUCAUCAUCCAGUUUGGGUGACGUAGUACCUAGUUCCAGAAAGUCUACACCUCCAUCAUCUGCUAUAGACAUAGAUGCCACUGGCUUAGAUGCAGAAGAAAUUGAUAUUCCAGCAAACCAUCGCUCCCCCAAACCCAGUGCAAACAGUGUAACAUCACCCCACUCCAAAGAGAAAAGAAUGCCCUUCUUUAAGAAGACAGAGCACAUCCCUCCGUAUGAUGUAGUGCCUUCUAUGCGACCAGUAGUUUUAGUGGGGCCUUCCUUAAAAGGAUACGAGGUGACAGAUAUGAUGCAAAAAGCAUUGUUUGAUUUUUUAAAACACAGAUUUGAAGGGCGUAUAUCAAUCACACGGGUCACAGCAGACAUCUCGCUUGCCAAACGUUCAGUAUUAAACAAUCCCAGCAAGCAUGCGAUAAUAGAACGAUCCAAUACACGGUCAAGCUUAGCUGAAGUUCAGAGUGAAAUUGAACGAAUAUUUGAAUUGGCAAGAACAUUGCAGCUGGUAGUACUUGAUGCAGAUACUAUUAAUCAUCCAGCUCAACUUAGUAAAACUUCUUUGGCUCCCAUUAUAGUAUAUGUAAAGAUUUCUUCUCCGAAGGUUUUACAGAGGUUGAUAAAAUCCCGAGGCAAAUCUCAGGCUAAGCACCUUAAUGUCCAAAUGGUAGCAGCUGAUAAACUGGCUCAGUGCCCUCCAGAAAUGUUUGAUGUCAUUCUGGACGAGAAUCAGCUCGAAGAUGCUUGUGAGCACCUAGCUGACUAUUUGGAAGCUUACUGGAAGGCCACCCAUCCUGCUUGCAGCCAUCCCCCCAAUCAGCUCCUAACUCGCACACUGGCAACUGCCACUCUUCCUAUCAACCCAGGCCCAAAUGCUAAUUUACAGGGCUCUCAAGGGGAUCAGAGGAAUGAACAAUCAGCUCCUGAAAGAACUGGUUCUCAAGGGGAAGAAGAAGCACGGUCGGAACUCACUAGGAAAUCCCAACACCGCUCUUCAGGUCAUCACCAUAACCAUCGUAGUGGCACUAGCCGUGGCCUGUCUAGACAAGAAACUUUUGACUCAGAAACACAAGACAGCAGAGAUUCAGCAUACAUAGAGCCAAAGGAGGAAUUCUCACAUGAACACUAUGACUCUCACAGAGAUCACAGUCACAGGGACGAGUCCCAUGGGGGCAAUGAUCACAGACAUCGAGAAUCAAGGCAUCGCUCAAAGGAAAGGGACCGAGAGCAGGACCAUAAUGAAGGCAACAAGCAGCGCAGCUAUCAUAAAUCAAGGGACCAAUAUUGCGACAGGGAUGGAGAAGUGAUAUCUAAAAAACGCAACGAUGCAGAAUGGAAGAGGGAUGUGUACGCCCAUCAGUAACAUUUGCCUCCAGCAGUCUUAUGUUUCUUUGAAAUGGUGUAUGACAAAGCCCCUUUAAAAAAAAAAUCUGGGUUUUUCAUUGCAGAACACAUGGUAUCCUGUAUGCUAAUUUAUAUUGCUGUUGCUUUCACAGCAAUAGCAUGAAAUAGAAUAUUUGUUUUGAUUAGUGCUAUAACACUUGGCAUAGUACAACUGCAAAGUUCCUGAUGUUGUACCAUGCUGGUUGUUUUUUUCCAAAGCUGUUUUUGGUAGCUGCCACUUGAACAAUAUCUGUUGCCAUCAGGGUGUUGUUAGUGUUUUCAGACGAAAUACAGUUGAUGUUUAUUAACUUCCCAUGUUUUUCAGCAAGCCAAAAUCAGCACAUCCAAAACUGAAGCUCUCAUCUGUUCUGAUUUUUUAAUCUGUAGGCACCUGAUUUGCAUAUUGAUUUAAGAGCCACUUUCUGUUGCUUGUACCUCUAGUGGUCAACUUUUGGGGACAGAAUUCAGUCUUGCCUUACACACAGGGGAUCAUAAAGUCAAAAUCUCUUUUCUAUGUACUGGUACUGUGUACUGUAUAGACAGUUUAUAAAUGUUAUUUCUGCAAACACCUUCUUACAUAAGAUUGACCACACUGUUUUAGAGUCCUAUGCCAAGUCAGCAGAUUUGCUUUUGAAUUACUGGCAACUGGAACUAGCCUCAUUCAGGAAACUUUUUAACAGUGUUCACUCUGCACACACUCUGUUCUGUAGCAGAAAGCUUGUACUUUGUGGCCCGCCUAUUGCACAGUGAAAUGCUGGAGGUUGAGCACCACCUGCAUGGCUGUAUAUGUAAAAUUUCACACCCCGCUGUUAUGGAACAGGGCAGUUCCACUCAGACUUAAACUUGCAUGAAUUCAGUUGGACGGAGCCUAUUAUUUCCAACUGGCAUAGUAUCAUGCAACUUUUGGGAAUAGAACUACUCCAUUCCACAACAGCAUAGGCAGAAUUUUACACAUGUGCACUCUCUCUCUCUCUCUCUCUCUGCAGGCGGUACUCAUCCAUCUCCGUUUCACUACACAGUAGAUGGAUAAGUGUAAAUAAGAAUGGAUACUAUAGAAAAAAGAUUGGAUUGUCCUUGCAAACUUAUCAUUUUUGUGUUUGAAAUCUGUGGCAAACACAAUGUGAAACUAUAAAUUGGUUUUCUGCUCUGCACAGUACACACUAAUUGCAGUGAGCACACAGAGAUGUUUUCCCUUUCAACUUGAUAGGCCACAUUUGACAUGGGGUAUGUAAGUUUGUGCUUAUAAUGUAUAUUUAACUAUGACAAAGUAGUUGCUAAAAGAGUAAUGGCCAAUCCAAAUAUGAUUCAAUCAUCAUUUGCUCAGUCAUGAGAUCUGUUCAUAUGAGCAGCAGUGUCAGAAGGCAACUCUCAUAGAAGAUUAUGGGGUUACUUCUAUGAAAGGGAUUUCCACACUUUCAGCACACCUUUCUCAUAGAAGUAGCACACAAUCUUACAUGAGCACCAAGCAUCACACUGCUCACACUAGCAGACAAUUCAUAACAGCAGCUAAAUGUACAAAUUGAAGCUGAAUCUUAGCACAUCAGGCAGCCCUGAGAAUACCGAUGAUUCAAAAUCUCAAUUAGUUCUUCCUUCUGUAUAUAUCUCUUUAAAGGUUCAAAUUACAGGCAAGCAAAAUGAGGAAGUUUACGGCUGCAGAUAAUUAAAGAAGCACCAAUCUGCUGGCUCUUUGCUGAAGAUCCAGGAAAGUAUUAAAAAAAACACAGGCAAAUGUGACUCUGAGUGUUUCACUGGAAAUGUAAAAUCUUUUGUGUUUUAGAGUAUUUGUUUUAGUAAAAAAAAAGUUUACACUG